UUUGCUCAGCCAGCUGUGUUAUCCCUUUCUUUGAGGGAUUUUAUUGUCACGGUUUAGCUAGCCCUUGACCUUCUGCUUCUUUGUAACUAUUACUUUGACUUUUAGACAUUUUAGUAGUGCCAUGGAGAACCCUGCACCAAACGGCGAAGCUCCUAUUGAGAGUCAGACCCAUCUUGAGCCGUCUGGUUUGGACUUGCAACAAGGACAAGGUGCACCAGCUCAGGACAACUCCGCCUUUCAGGAGGCCUUGAAAAAGGCGCAGGAGCUUGCGGCAGGUCUGAGGCAACAGCAGCCAGAAGCUGGUGAGGCUGUAGGCCUUGAUCAAGGCUUUAAGCGCCCAAACGAGGACAUGGCUGGUCUUGAUAAUCCUGCUAAGCGUGCAAUGACUGCCGAAGCUGCAGCCAAUUUCGACUUCGCUGCGGCUCAGGCUCAAGCUCAGGCAAGGGCAGCGAAAAUCAUGCAAGGCAUGAUGCCAAACGGAGAAGAAGUAAAAGUUCCUAACCGUAUGGUUGGAAUCAUUAUUGGCAAGAGUGGAGAAACAAUAAAUCGUUUGCAGGCAGAUAGCAAUGCGCGUAUCCAAUGUGCUCCUGCUCUGCCUGGCAAUCCGCAAGAUGGCGAGCGUGUCAUUUCCAUUACUGGUACGCCAGAGUCUAUUGCAGCCGCUAAGAUGAUGAUCCAAGCGCUGGUUGAACAAGGACCUGACAACCCCGCCCCGCAGCAGCCUCCUAUGCCUGGUUUGCCAGGAGCAGAUGCUGACGCCAUAGAAAUAAUGAUUCCUCAGGCAAAGGUUGGCCUCAUCAUUGGCAAGGGGGGAGAGACUAUCAAACGGCUGCAGCAACAAGCCAAUUGCCAUAUGCAAAUGGUUCAAGAUGGUCCAUAUCAGCAUGCACCUCAGAAGCCACUCCGAAUCCAGGGCAAUGCUCAGGCUAUGGAUCAAGCCCGGCGUCUCGUUGAAGAGCUGAUGGCCGAGCGCGAUGCUAUGGCGGGUGCGAACCCAGGUGCUGGUGGCGCUGGUGGUGGACACAUGGAGAUUCCCGUCCCCCGUGAGAUGGUCGGUAUGGUCAUUGGACGUGGCGGUGAGACCAUCAAGAAGAUCCAAGCAGAGACUGGCGUGCGCAUUCAGUUUAGCCAGGAACAAAAUGGAGGACCUAUCCGAAACGCUGUCCUUACUGGCCCACCUGAUGGUCUGCCACAAGCAAGACAGAUGGUUACAGACAUUCUGGAGCGUGCUGAGAGCAACAGCCGUGAAGGACGCGGUGGUCCUCGCAUGGGAGGUGGCGGUGGAGGCAGUGGCACUGGAGCCAAUGCAGGUGGCGGUCCGAUGGAUGUGUGCGAGUUUCCUGUUCCCGGGGCGAAAUGUGGUCUUGUGAUUGGACGUGGUGGUGAGACCAUCCGUGCGCUGCAGCAGGAAACUGGUUGUCAUAUCCAGCUGAAUCGCAAUGCUCCAUGCGGCCCGGACGAGAAAGUGUUCACUCUACGCGGCUCUCCCGACCAAAUAGCCCACGCCCAGGAUAUGAUCCGGCAGAAGUGUGACAUGCCCCCUGGUGCCAACAACUAUGGUGGUGGUAAUCAGCAGCAGGGUGGUUAUGGCCAGCAAAAUAUGAUGGGCGGCGGCGGUGGUGGACCAAUGGGUGGUCAAAUGCAUAUGCAAGGACAGCAGCAUAUGCAAGGACAGAUGCCAAUGCAGGGUCAGAUGCCCAUGCAGCAACAAGGUAUGUAUGGCCAGCAGCAGCAACAACAGCAGCAGCAGUGGGGCCAGUAUCAGAUGGGUGGCCAGCAGCAAGGUUAUCAGCAGCAGCAGCAGCCUCAAGACAUGCAGGCGCAGCAGCAAGCCUGGGCCCAGUAUUACCAGCAGUACUAUCAGCAACAGCCGCAGCAAGCUGGUGCCGCCGGUCAAGCAGCUCAGCCUGCAGCAGCUGCUGCUGCCGCUACGACACAGCAGGGUGCUCAGCAGCAGCCAGCCACCAGCACUGCACAGCAAGCUGGCCAGGCCCAGCCUGCUACGUCUCAAGCCCAAGGCAAUGCGGCAGAUAUCCAAGCACAGUGGGCGGAGUAUUAUCGACAGAUGGGCUAUUCAUACCCAGCUCAACAGCAACAACCAGCACAGCAGCAGCCAUCUCAGUAAAGGGCACUAUGCUGCGUUUCUUAUGGCUUGGGUGUGUAAGACAUUUCCCCUCUCGGUCGUCUUUGUUUAGAAUUGUGUCUUCUCCCGGUGCCUGGAAGAUUCUUCGUGUGUGAGUCUCUUUGUGUGUGUGUGUGUGCGCGCGCGCGCGCGCGUGCGUCCACUUGUCUUUGUGCUGAUUAUCUGCGAUCAUUCGUCGUCCUGGCCGUGCUUGUGUGUGCUAGACUUGUGGCCAGUCAAUGCGAGUAAAAACAUGCUUCGCGUAUGCUGCUACUGAAAUCUGGAAGGCUGUCACUGUACUUGAUAUGGCAUACCUCGGUUUCCAUUCCAAUCAUGAUAUACAUGCAUAAAAGUAGGAACUUUGCAAGAGAGAUUAUCAUCAUUCGUGUCCUAGUAAUAAUCUUCUUGUAUCAUGAAACCACUCAUAAAAAAACAUUUCUUGACUUGCCUCCCACCUUUCAAUGAUGACAGUCUAGUCGGUCUGUUCUGUCUCUUCUUACGUCUCAUAGAACUUUGAUUUGCAAUACUUCUUUUUUAACGUGGCGUGGCACACUGUGUUGUUGAUGGGACGGACCUGUUCUUACGCUCCUGGA